AUGUCUGAAGGCGACGUCAAGCCCUCCAAGGGUCCCGUCGUGGCCGAAGCCCACGAAGUCGACACUUACCAUGUCCCCAAGCCGUUCUGGAAAAAGGGGCCCGGCAAGACCCAUUUAAAAGACCUCGAUGAAUAUUACUCCCUGUACAAGGAGUCCAUUGAACAGCCGGACAAGUUCUGGGGAAGGCUAGCUCGAGAGCUUUUGACCUGGCAGACGGAUUUUCAGACAGUGCACAGUGGAAGCCUGGCUAAUGGUGACAAUGCCUGGUUUCUGGAGGGCCGACUGAACGCCUGCUACAACUGUGUUGACCGCCAUGCUAUCAAGAACCCGGACAAACCUGCAAUUAUCUACGAAGCUGACGAGCCAAGCGAGGGCCGAGUGCUCACCUACGGCGAGCUGCUCCGUGAAGUGUCGCGAGUUGCGCACACGCUGAAGCAAAUGGGAGUCAAGAAGGGCGACACCGUCGCACUCUACCUGCCCAUGAUUCCCGAGGCAGUCAUCUCUUUCCUCGCAGUCACCCGUGUUGGCGCCAUCCAUUCGGUUGUGUUUGCGGGUUUCUCCUCCGGGUCGCUUGCUGACCGAAUUCUCGACGCCAAUUCCAAAGUUGUGAUUACCACAGACGAGGGCAAACGUGGUGGCAAGGUCAUUGGCACCAAGAAGAUCGUCGAUGAGGCAUUGAAGAAAUGCCCCGACGUCACCCGGGUCUUGGUCUACAAGAGGACAGGGGCCGACGUUCCCUGGACCACAGGCCGAGAUUUCUGGUGGCACGAGGAAGUAGAGAAAUACCCCAACUACUUCCCACCCGAGAGCAUGGCAUCCGAGGACCCUCUCUUCCUGCUUUAUACGUCUGGCUCGACGGGGAAACCCAAAGGCGUGAUGCACUCUACAGCAGGAUACCUGCUUGGGGCUGCAGCAACCGGUAAAUAUGUCUUUGACAUACAUGACGACGACGUAUUCUUCUGUGGUGGUGAUGUUGGCUGGAUUACCGGUCACACUUACGUGGUGUACGCACCUCUUCUCCUUGGUGUCGCAACUGUGGUUUUCGAAGGAACCCCGGCCUACCCCAACUUCUCCCGCUAUUGGGAUGUCAUCGACAAGCACAACGUCACCCAAUUCUAUGUCGCUCCGACCGCCUUGCGCCUGCUAAAAAGAGCCGGUGACGAACAUAUCCGCCAUAAGUUGAGCAAGUUGCGAGUGCUGGGUUCGGUCGGUGAACCCAUUGCAGCAGAAGUCUGGAAAUGGUACUUUGAGGUUGUGGGCAAAGAGGAGGCACAUAUUGUUGACACGUACUGGCAAACGGAGACAGGGUCUCAUGUUAUCACCCCACUGGCCGGCGUCACCCCCACGAAGCCCGGCAGCGCAUCGCUACCUUUCUUUGGCAUUGAGCCAGCGAUCAUCGACCCCGUGUCCGGUGCAGAAAUUCAAGGGAACGAUGUUGAGGGCGUGUUGGCGUUCAAGCAGGCGUGGCCAAGUAUGGCAAGGACUGUUUGGGGCGCACACAAGAGAUAUAUGGACACGUAUUUGAACGUAUACAAGGGCUACUAUUUCACUGGCGACGGUGCUGGUCGUGACCAUGAGGGCUAUUAUUGGAUUCGCGGCCGUGUCGAUGAUGUUGUCAAUGUGUCUGGCCAUCGUCUGUCGACGGCCGAGAUUGAGGCUGCUUUGAUCGAACAUGACGGAGUAGCCGAGGCGGCUGUCGUCGGUAUCAACGACGAACUCACUGGCCAGGCCGUCAACGCUUUUGUGUCACUCAAAGACGGAACCGACACAAGCGAUGCGAUGCGCAAGGACCUCAUCCUGCAAGUUCGAAAGUCCAUCGGGCCAUUCGCAGCGCCAAAGGCCAUUUUCAUUGUGGAUGAUCUUCCCAAGACUCGAUCAGGCAAGAUCAUGAGAAGAAUCUUGAGAAAGAUUUUGAGCGGCGAGGAGGACAGCCUUGGUGACAUAUCGACACUCAGCGACCCAAGCGUGGUCACCAAGAUCAUCGAUACCGUAAAGGCAUCACAGAAGAAAUAA